CGGAAGUCCCUCUAAAAGUUACUCUUCAGGAACUUACGCGGUGUGGAGUGGUGGCUCCCUGAUCCUGGAACUGUUAUGGGCAAAAGAGACCGAGUGGACCGCGACAAGAAGAAGUCCAAAAAGAGGCAGUAUGAGGAGGAAGAGGAAGACGAAGACGACACGCCUGGGAACGACUCUCAGGAGGCGGUGCCCUCAGCGGCAGGAAAACAGGUCGAUGAGUCCAGCACCAAAGUUGAUGAGUAUGGAGCCAAGGACUACAGGCAGCAGAUGCCGCUGAAGGGCGACCAUACUUCCAGGCCCCUCUGGGUGGCUCCUGAUGGCCACAUUUUUCUGGAAGCCUUCUCUCCAGUUUACAAGUAUGCCCAAGACUUCCUGGUGGCAAUUGCAGAGCCAGUGUGCCGGCCUACUCAUGUCCAUGAAUACAAGCUAACUGCCUACUCCCUCUAUGCAGCUGUCAGUGUCGGGCUGCAGACCAGCGACAUCACUGAGUACCUCAGAAAACUCAGUAAGACUGGAGUUCCUGAUGGCAUCAUCCAGUUUAUUAAGUUGUGUACUGUCAGCUAUGGGAAAGUCAAGCUGGUCCUGAAGCACAACAGGUACUUUGUUGAAAGUUCCCACCCUGAUGUCAUCCAGCAUCUUCUUCAAGACCCUGUGAUCCGCGAAUGUCGCUUGAGGAACGCGGAGGGGGAGGCUACGGAACUCAUCACAGAGACCUUCACAAGCAGAUCUGCUAUUUCUAAGACUGCAGAAGGCAGUGGCGGGCCUUCUACCUCCCAGGUGGUAGAUCCACAGGCCAAAUCUGACAUCCCCAAAGACCUGUUUGAUUUUUAUGAGCAAAUGGACAAGGAUGAGGAAGAGGAAGAAGAGACCCAGACAGUCUCCUUUGAAGUCAAGCAGGAAAUGAUCGAGGAGCUGCAGAAGCGCUGCAUCUACUUAGAGUACCCUCUGCUGGCAGAGUAUGACUUCCGGAAUGACUCUCUCAACCCCGACAUCAACAUUGACCUGAAGCCCACAGCCGUGCUCAGACCCUAUCAGGAGAAGAGCCUGCGGAAGAUGUUUGGAAAUGGGCGAGCACGCUCUGGAGUCAUCGUUCUUCCCUGUGGUGCUGGGAAGUCCCUGGUUGGUGUGACUGCUGCGUGUACUGUCAGAAAGCGCUGCCUGGUCCUGGGCAACUCGGCUGUGUCUGUGGAGCAGUGGAAAGCCCAGUUUAAGAUGUGGUCAACCAUCGAUGACAGCCAGAUCUGCCGCUUCACCUCGGAUGCCAAGGACAAGCCCAUCGGCUGCUCGAUUGCCAUUAGCACUUAUUCUAUGCUGGGCCACACCACCAAAAGGUCCUGGGAGGCUGAGAGAGUGAUGGAGUGGCUCAAAACCCAGGAGUGGGGCCUCAUGAUCCUUGACGAGGUGCAUACCAUUCCAGCCAAAAUGUUCCGGCGGGUACUGACCAUUGUGCAGGCCCACUGUAAGCUGGGUUUGACUGCAACCCUUGUUCGGGAAGACGACAAAAUCGUUGACUUAAAUUUCCUGAUUGGGCCCAAGCUUUAUGAAGCCAACUGGAUGGAGUUGCAGAACAACGGGUACAUCGCCAAAGUCCAGUGUGCCGAGGUUUGGUGCCCGAUGUCUCCUGAGUUCUACCGGGAGUAUGUGGCAAUUAAAACUAAGAAGCGCAUCCUGCUGUACACCAUGAAUCCCAACAAGUUCCGAGCCUGCCAGUUUCUGAUCAAGUUUCAUGAGCGGAGGAAUGACAAGAUUAUUGUCUUUGCCGACAACGUAUUUGCCUUGAAGGAAUAUGCCAUUCGGUUGAACAAACCUUUCAUCUAUGGGCCCACGUCCCAGGGAGAGAGGAUGCAGAUUCUCCAGAACUUCAAGCACAACCCCAAAAUCAACACUAUCUUCAUCUCCAAGGUCGGUGACACAUCCUUCGAUCUGCCAGAAGCAAACGUCCUCAUUCAGAUCUCCUCCCACGGUGGCUCCAGACGGCAGGAAGCCCAGAGGCUGGGGCGCGUACUCCGAGCCAAAAAAGGGAUGGUUGCGGAGGAAUACAAUGCCUUUUUCUACUCGCUGGUGUCCCAGGACACACAGGAAAUGGCUUAUUCUACCAAGCGACAGAGAUUUUUAGUAGACCAAGGUUACAGCUUUAAGGUGAUCACAAAGCUCGCUGGCAUGGAGGAGGAAGAGUUGGCAUUCUCCACCAAAGAGGAGCAGCAGCAGCUCCUGCAGAAGGUCCUGGCGGCCUCUGAUCUGGACGCAGAGGAAGAGGUGGUGGCUGGAGAGUUUGGCUCUAGAUCUGGCCAGGCAUCCCGACGCUUUGGCACCAUGAGCUCUAUGUCUGGGGCGGAUGACACUGUGUAUAUGGAAUACCACUCCUCCCGAAGCAAAGUUUCCACCAAGCACGUGCACCCACUUUUCAAACGCUUUCGGAAGUGACACCCACCCUGUUACUCAGUUGAAGACUGGCUGCCUGGAUCAGGGUUGAAAAAAAAGACUUCUCGGUCUUUCUCUUCAAGUCUAUGUACUCUCCUACUGUUGAUCUAAUGCAAUACCUGUUGACUGACUGCUGAGAAACUAUCAGUGUUUGGGCUUUGACGUGGCCUUCAUGGGUUGCCCAGGCUUUAAGAAAGAAAGAAAGACUGUUUUUGUUUGUUUGAAACUUUUUGAGAGUGGAUCAUUUCUGUAUAUAAAAGGUAUACCAUUUAAGGCACAUUUGUCUUUAUUCUACUGAAUAAAUUUAAAAAAUGGCAUUGGUGGGCCCUGGAGCUGGAAGGAGAAGUGGAUGCAUGUUCCCGUCCUCACCCAGAAGCCAUCUCCAACUGACAGCCACUUGCAAAUGCAAAUUUAGUGUUCUCCAAGGGAAACAGACUCCUCUUACAGGUAGGCCCCAUGCCCAGCGGUAGAUGGCCAACAGGAAAUGAACUCAAUGGCAUCCGCGGAGUUCCCUGUCUCAUAAUUAUGUCUCAGGGCUCUCCUUUCUGUAGUAUAAAAACAAAUGGAAUUUAAGCUCUGUAUAAGUCAGGGCUCUCUAAAGGAACAGAACUGAUGGGAAUUGAUUAAGCUAACUUACUUUGAAAUAUUAACAACCUGAGAGGUUUUAAUAUUCCACACUUGAGAGUCUGAGGACUCGGUGGUGGUCGCUCAGUCCCUGAGGCUCAGUGCCUCAGCAUCUCAGUCUGGAGCUAAAACUGUGUGGGGGAGGAUCCUGGGUAGCUUCUGGUCCUUAGGGAUGGAAGCCUGCAAAUGCUGGUUUGGAUCUCAGCAAAGCAAUCGGCAGCAUCCGUAAGAAGGCUGGUGGCAGGAGGGAAGGUCAGCCAGCAAAGGGUGAGUGACCCUCCCUCUAUGGGCAGCCACAAACUGUUAGAUCCAGGCCACAGCAGAUGGAGCCACGCUUGGGGGCGGCUCCUCACACGUGGGUCGCUUCAUUUGCAAUUCUCUACAAUUGGUGCAUGUAAUUCAAGGCAAGCCUACGCUACAGGCCAGUACUGCAUGCUUAGUAUUAAUCAUGAAUUUGAGAGGAUCUAAAACCACCUAGGAGGGCUGGAAAGAUGGCUCAGCCGUUAAAGGCUGGGCUCACAACCAAAACUAAAAUCACCAAGGACACAUCCAUGGGUCUAGACUAAAAUCACCAAGGACACAUCCAUGGGUCUGUCUAGGAAGAAGUUUCUAGAUUGGGAGAAUUGUGGGAAGACCCACCCCAAACACUUGGCUCCAUCAUAUGGGCUGGGAUCCUGGACUAAAAUACAAAGGAAAAAGCCAGGCACCAGCAUUGCUCAGCCUCAGAUUCUUGACUGUGGCAGCCAUGUGAACAGCUGCCGCCUGGUCCUGCUGCCAUGACUGACGCCUGGUCCUGCAGCCAUGACUGACUGUACCCUUGAACCUGGGAGCCGAAGUAAACCCCUUCCUUAACUUGUUUAAAGGUAUUUUGUCCCAGCAAUGGGGAAAGUAGCCAACACAGUUCCUGAGACUGCAGUUACAACACCAGGGGCUGCUACAUGCUGCUCCUGCUGCCUGUGUGCUGCCCCUGUUUACUGCUGCCAAUGGCAGGGCUGCGAGAAUUCUCACCUCCCUGCGAAUGCUAUCUUGUUUUAAAUUUUUAAGAACUUGUGUGUGCGUGCAUGCACAUGUAUGCGUGCACAAGCCAGAAGUUGAUGUCAGUUGUCUUUUCUCAGCCACCCUGCCUUUCCUUUUUGACACAGCUGUCUCACUGAACCUGGAGCUCACUAGGCUAGAAAGCUCCCGGGAUUCAGCUGUUUCUGCUCGGCACCCAGCGCUGGGGUUAUAAGCGUGCAGUACCGUGCCCAGCUUUUUAAUAUAGGUUCUGAGGCUCAGGCAGGUCCUCCUGCUGCAGGGCAGGUGCUGUCUUCUGCUGCAUUCGGGUUCUUUUCUAAGGAGUGCUGCCUGACUUGAGCUCUCAAAGUUUAAGGUUUUAUAGUUUUUUUUCUAUUGCAUUUCGUCUUCUGAUCUAUCGUGAAUUGUUUUUCAGUGCCGGGUGUUGAACCCAAGGCAUUGGACAUGCUAGAUAAGUGUUCUAUCAUUGAACCAUAUCCUCAGGUCUUGCGUUACUUACUGCACAGUGGAUGGGUAAAGUCCUACUCCAUUCUUAUGUGCGUAUAUCUAGUUGUCCCACUUACGUAGGGUAUUCUUUCAUUCAAAUUGUCUUGGUUCCUUUUUCAAAAAGGAGUUGACUGUGGGUCUCCAGAUUUAUUUCUGAACUCUUGAUCCUCUCCCACCGAUGGAGAUGUCUGUUUUUGUGCUAGUACCACACAUCUUGGUUACUGAAGUGUGUGGUUAGUUUUGUAUCAGUGGGAAGUAAAUUAAAGUCGUCUGGGAAGAGGAAACUCAGUUGAAGAAUUGCCUCCUUCAGAUCGACCUGCGGGCACUUCCACAAGGGAUUGCCUUGAUUAACGACUGAUGUGGGAAGGCCAAGCCCACUGGCGUGGCGCCUCUCUGGGCAGACAGCCCUGGAUUAUAUAAGAAAGAAAACAGUGCAAGUGAUAGGAAGGCAGCUGGUGAGCAGUGUGUCUGCGCAGUCUCUGCUGCUGCGUCUGCUUCCAGCUCUGCUCUGAGUUCCUGCCUCGGCUGUCCUGGAUGAUGGACCGUAACCUGUAAGCCAAAUAAACCUUUUCCUCCCCAGGUUACUUUUGGUCAGAGUGCUUAUUAAAGCAACAGAAAAGCAACCUAGGACACAUAUCCAGGAGGAAGGUGCGGACAUGAGGAAGCCCGGCCUUCAGCUUUUCAGUUCUGUUUUGCUUGUUCUGAGUCUCAUUUAAAUACAAUUUAGAAUCAGAUUGUCGGUUUCCACAAAAGACACUAUUCUGAUAUGAGUUGCAUUAAAUCCAUAGAUAACUCUGCAGAGUAAUGCUGUCCUGAUGAUUAAGUUCUUGGGACUGUGGGUGUCUGUUUAAUGGGUCUCACAAAACCUUUUUCAACAGUGUUUUAUAGUUUUCACGCCCAAGUCUUAGUUCUUU